AUGGCCGCCGAUCAUCGAUCGAUCUGCAAAUUCGAAGCCACAACGAACGAGAAUUAUGUGAGACUUCGGAAUUCACUUGCCACGACAGUCGCAAAAACAGUGAAUGAAUGGGUGAAACGAAAGAAAGCACAACGGAAGCGCGAGCUAAACGAUCUGAACGAGUACUUGCGCAUACCUCACCAGCCAGAAGAUGACCUUGAGCUUGUGCAAGGCUCUAGGCUCUCUGGGACCUGCGAAUGGAUUGUACAGAAAGAGAGCUACUUGGCGUGGAGAGAUCUUGCCGCAAACGCACCAACCAUUCUCUGGAUAAAUGGAAAACCUGCCACGGGCAAGUCUGUUCUUGCCGGCUAUAUCAUCACACAACUGCAACAGCGGAAAUUAGACUGCAGCUACUAUUUCUUCAAACAUGGCGAAAAAUCGAAGUCCCGUCUCAUCAAUUGUCUCCGGUCACUUGCCUUACAAAUGGGCCGCCAAAAUGAGCAAGUUCGACGCAUAUUAAGUGAUUUGCGCAAAGAAAGUGCCCAGCUUGACUCCGUGAGUGAACGCGGUAUUUGGCGCGAAAUAUUUGUCUCCGCAAUUUUCAGGAACAACAAGGAUCUCCAUUACUGGGUCAUCGACGGCUUAGACGAAUGCGAAAGUUCUGAGGUUUUCAUCGAGUCCUUCCUUGGCAAGCUCGAUCCUGCCACAAAUCUGAGAGUUCUCAUCACGGCUCGGGAUAUGCCUAAGAUCAAGGCAGCGUUUCUGGGCCUCGGUGGUCACAGAUCCUGUGAACUGCCAAUUUCAACGCCCGAUACUCUCCAGGAUAUCAAAACCGUCAUCAACGAAAAGUCGAAUUCUCUAACGGUCAAAGAUGAUGAACUUCGAGCUGCGUUACUGGAGAAGGUGCUUGAAAAGUCUCAAGGCUCUUCCUGUGGACUCUCUUGGUCUUAG